UCAAGUAUUAAUAUAGUAUCAACAUAAGACUGCAAGAGUCUAUUUCAUAUUAUAAAAGUUUCAAUGAUAAAUUGUAAUUGGAAAUAAUCAAACACAAUAAAUGUUUAUACUGAAGCACACACGUAAACAAAACAUAUAAUAACAGAUAGUUCAUAUUUGACAGUUCAAUUUGAAUUAUGUUAAUUAUAUUCGAUAUAAUAAUCUAUUGAGAACGAUGACAUAAAAAAUGUACGAUUUAUCCAAAUUAUUUGUCAAAAUAUUACCACUACGUAAUUAAAAAUUUCUUAAACGUCAAUUUAUCUUUUGCAAAGAAGGUAGAUAAUCAAUGUAUUUAUUACUCGGAAGGCGCAGAUAGAGAAAUAACUGAUAUUAUGUAAAGGCAAUAGGUCAUACGACCGAACUGUCACCUGUCACUGUGUGCGUUAUCUAUAGCAAAAGUUUACCCAAGAACAGUCAGUCGUUUGUUAACGAUUGUGGUGAGCAGAUGAGAAGAGCGAAUCAUUCGCACAAUUGCAACGAUAUUAAUAUCAUUUUAUCUCAAUAAAAUGGCAGCAUAUAUAUGUGUCGAGGACUACGAGAAAUAUGCUCUGAAACAUUUGCCUCCUUCCGUGAGAGAUUAUUACAAGGGCGGUGCCGGGGAGGAAUAUAGCUUAAAAUGGAAUAGGGAGGCUUUCAAAAAUUACAGGAUACGUCCUAGAUUUUUACGAGACGUAUCUAAAAGGGAUAUAAGCACAACAGUAUUGGGACACAAAGUUUCAAUGCCCUUGGGAGUCGCACCUACCGCGAUGCAACGUAUGGCGCAUCCCGAUGGAGAAUGUGCUAAUGCGAGGGCUGCUCAGACAGCAGGAACGAUUUUCAUUCUUUCGACGAUAUCGACGAGUAGCAUAGAAGAAGUGGCGAAAGCUGCUCCGGAUGGUAUAAAAUGGUUCCAGCUCUACAUUUAUAUCGACAGAAAUGUUACCUUGAAUUUGAUAAGACGUGCCGAACGUGCUGGUUUCAAAGCACUGGUUCUCACCAUCGAUGCGCCGUUCUUCGGUGAUAGACGUGCCGAUAUAAAAAAUAAAUUUGCAUUACCGAGUCACUUGAGAUUUGCAAAUUUCGAAGAUGAAUUAUCACAACGAAUAAAUACCGCAAAAACCGGCUCUAGCCUUAAUGAAUACGUUACCGCAUUAUUCGACGCGUCUCUAUCCUGGGAUGAUGUGAAAUGGCUUAAAAGAACUACAACACUACCGAUAAUUCUUAAAGGAAUUCUAACGGCAGAAGAUGCACGUUUGGCUGUGGAAAAUGGAGUCGAUGGCAUUAUUGUUUCGAAUCAUGGUGCACGUCAAAUAGACAGCGUUCCAGCAACGAUCGAAGCUUUACCUGAAAUAAGUAAAGCCGUGGGAGAUCAAGUCGAGGUCUACAUGGACGGCGGAGUGACUCAAGGUAUCGACGUAUUAAAAGCCUUGGCAUUGGGCGCAAAAAUGGUAUUCUUCGGCCGACCGAUGUUAUGGGGUUUGACGUACAAUGGCGAAAAAGGUGCUAGCGCGAUUCUUGAACUUAUGAAAAGAGAAAUCGACUUAGCAUUCGCAUUAACUGGCAAGUCAAAGUGCUGCGCAUCUCUAAAAGACAUAACACGUGAUAUGGUGAUUCAUGCAUCAUACUAUAGCUGUUUAUAAAAAUAAGUUUUGCUUGUAACGCACAAUAUUAAAAAAUACAAUACUAUAAUACUUUUAUAUACAAUAUUUAAUUUCUUAACAUUUUCGUAUGUGUAAAAUAUUUAUAUUUUAU